AUGCGAUGCGCGAGCAAGGCCGCUGAGAGCGCGUCCGCACGUCUCUGUGCGGACGCCGAAGCAGAAACCACAGCAACUGAUGUCUCAUCGGUUGCUGAAGCGACUCAGCCUGUGUCACUUGGUGAUACAGGCGCUGGUCAUGAAGACACUCAUGUCUUCACAGAGUAUGAGCUCGGUGUCUCAUACUCUCCUGAUACGGAAGACGGAUCCGUAUCGACGUCGAUCGAAUCAAAGCCGCCUGCCAAGCGUGGCAUGGAUGAUGCUAUGCGUCGUAGCAUCUUUGGUUCAUCUGAUGAAUCAGAUGAACCACCGCGAAGCGAAGGCGCUCGAGGUCGCGAGACUCGGGCGCUAACAGUGGAAGAGCGGGACCGCAAUGUGUUGCGUCUCGCUCCUGAAAAGAAGGCAUGGAUGCCUCCUAAAUCCGUCAUGGAUCACUUGUCGACGACGACGAGUGAUCGUUAUCGAACACGAUUGUUCGAUUCGUCAAGGAUCCAUCACCUUGACCCCAGUGCGAAAAACUAUCGCGCUGAACAUGAAUUCUUCAUCGAUGUUUUCUUCAAACAUCGAUGGUACAGUGGAAAUCACAAACGUGAUGGUCCCUCACUGCUUCAAGCGUGGAACGCUUACAUCCACAACCUUGAGGAUGUAGGUCGUGACGCUUGGAACGACAAACUUAUCAAAGCUCGUGAUAAGUUUGAAAAGCGAAACCCAACAGGUGCACGCUAUAAGCUGCAUCGUCUGUCAAGGGAGAAAGGAUUACCCUGCCUCUAA